UCGAACCCGCCACGUGGCGCGUAUUCACCACCCGCACCUAUAUAACCCUCCAGAAGCCUUCUUCUUCGACACCACGAUUUUCAUUUGAAGAGCCAAUUUGGAAUUUAGGGUUGAGCGAAACGCCAAAACGUCGUCGUUAUGGCAUUGCCCAAGGCCAAGGACCUCGUCUCGUCCAACACGGUCGUCGUCUUCAGCAAGUCGUAUUGUCCUUACUGCGUGACUGUGAAGAAGCUCUUCUCUCAAUUGGGUGCCAAUUUCAAGGCCGUUGAAUUGGACCAAGAGAGUGAUGGAAGUCAGCUACAAUGAGCACUGGCUGAGCUGACAGGACAGCGGACCGUGCCGAAUGUGUUCAUUGGCGGAAACCAAAUUGGUGGAUGUGUUCAUUGACAGCUACUUAAAAGGAGUCUGAACUUUGGAGUAAAGUAGAAUAGUUUCGUUUAUGUGCUUCUGCUUGAUCUGUGCACCGUUCCGUUUUCCAGAACUUAGAUGCAUAUAAAACUUGAAUUGUAUAUUUUAAUCUUGGAUUUGAUAAUUUCGAUUCAGUUUGUGAACAAAGAAUUUCUGCAGUAGUUUUUUUUUUUGCGACGUACAGAUAUUUUUUGUAUUUUGCCGUUUGGAAUGGAUGAAUCCUAUUGAGAGGGGAAUUCGUUAGCCAUUCCAUACCUCAGUUUCGACAAUCUGGUUCACUGUCUCUGAGUCUCGUCUAAAUUACUGUAAUCAUAUUCGUUAGAAACUUGAAAUAGAAACGAAUAUUAAUGAAACUGAUGGCCAGUUCACUGUACAGGAUCAUAGAUUGAAUCAUGAGCUUGAUGCUUGAGAACAUUCAUGUUAUUAUCAGGAUAUACCAAUCAUGAGUUUGAUGCUUGAUAUACAUGAACAAUUUCAUGUUAUAAAGAUCAGAAUAUUGGUUACAAACAGAGAAAUGAGUAUAAUCUGUUUAGGCUCGUUUUCUUCUUUUCCUUCUCUUAUGAUCGAUCACUUCAAUUUCCAUUCAAUCAGAAAUGUUGGUUAGCACAGGAACGAUACAUCUGAGCUUUGCCUUCGCUGUAUCAUAUAGGAGAGGAGAAGCUUGAAUGGCUGAUUAGAUAAUACCUCUCCGCUUGUAACAGGAAACACCUGAUGCCUUUUGGAAUACUACCGAUGGUAGUAGCACCAAGCAUUCCAUAGCUUCCUUAACAUUGACAUGAGUGAGGAAACCAUUUUGACAAUAGGUGACGUUUUAACCCGACAAUUAGUGUGAAGAAAG